AUGGUCCAAGAAGGCCUCGUAUUGUGCCUCGUCUUUGGUGGCAGACUGCCCCCAUCUGACAAACGAGGCCUUACUGGAAAUGCUCAUCCUCGCCACCUGCCCUUUUCGCUUAGUCAUCUGGGGCAGUUCAACUGGGAGUCUGCUCUCAGUUUAUUGAGGCAGUGGUCAUCGGAGCGGUCCGAUGGCGGUGGACGGUGGUGUUUAUGGCUUCUGGCUACCCAGCUGGCCCAGCUCAUGCGGCAGGUUUUUACUCUAGCACCUCCAAACCCCUCCAUGUGUGACACAAUGGUCAGAAUUUGCAAGUCUCUCUUAAGUGAAGCCAACUAUCCCCUCGGUUACGUCAGUCGGCCCCUCUUUACCGAGUUCCAUGUGGCCUUUGUGGAGUUCUGUCAGACAGUGGAUUCUCCUGCCAUCGACGGCGGCAGUGGCUGCAGCGUCGGUCUGCGUAACCUGAUUGGCCCAAUCGGUGGGCAGGGCGGGUGUACCCUAGGCACGCACCUUCUGACCUCUGGAAGCCAGGUUCGGUUCAACUCGGUUGAGUACUUCCCUGUUCUCGUCUGUCAGAACAGUGAUGUUCCGGUAAAGUCCUCGAUCAGGACCCUUCAUGCAACUAAAAGUGUCUAUGCCCUCAGAAAGCACAGCCUCCCCGAUUGUCUGAAAAUCAGCUCAAGCUGUGGCUCUCUGUACAAUGAUCAUGGAUGA